AUGUCACCUGCGCCUGUAUAUCCGGCUCAAACUGAUGAGCACCAAUACUGGACCGAUCCCAUUCUUUGCGAAGAAACUCGAGCCAGACUGGAACAUUUUCGCAGUCUUGGAUGGCUCCCUCCAAACUUCAAGCCAAAGACCUUGGAAGGCAUUGCUGUCGUCGAACGUUAUUGGCGAAAAUUUUGCAUUCAAUCGAACGAGGACUAUGUGGACUUUCUUCUUUUGGAGGAUCAGACGAUCUACAUGAACUUUUUUGAUUGGAUGUUCAAAGCAUCACGAAAGAAACUGCUUCAGUCGUAUGAUGAAUACUGGCGACGCCUUUGUCAAUACUUCGAGCUCUUCGCCCGUCGCCGCGUCGGUGAGGAUGCCCGUCAACAGAUGCGACGAGUAAGUUAUAUCCUGUCUGUUCUUAAACAGAGUAUUCUUACCCUAGAAAAGUUUCUCGCGGGUGUAUUCCCAGCUGAGCGCAAAAUUCCCCGACGAACAAAGGACAAAAAUACUCUGGAUGUGGAUGCUUUUGGUGUGAUUUACCGGCAUCACUGGGUCCAUUCGAGAUUCUUUCGUCACGGGAGCAUGAUUGUUCAGUUUGCUACAGUCCAGCUCUGGUCCGCCAUAACAGGCACGCGACCUGGCGUCUUACUUCCUCAAGACACCUCGUCGCCUGGCAAUCCAGUUUUGGGCAAACGCAAACGGGAUGACACCUUCCAGAGUGAUCUUCCAAAGCACAUUUCCUUGAAAGAUCUUCCGGGCUCGGUCUGCUAUCGCGAUAUCGAACUUUUCUAUCUGAAAGACCUUCAAAGUAAACGUGAUGUCCUCUGUGCUAUCAUCGAGUUUCGCAAUCUCAAAGGUCGACCGGAAGGCGCUGAUGGUCGGCAGGCGCUCAAGGAGUUAGGUCGAGAUGCUAGAUUCGAAUACGAUAUUGGGCAUUAUAAUUUCCGCCGCUGGACGGCAAAUGAAGUCAACAAAAAUUUUACCAGCCAGGAGCGACAAAGGGUGCUCGGGCAGUCUGGUGACGCGGUGUUUGAAAAACAUUACCGAUCACAAUUUAUUGCGCGCGACCUUCAGCAUGUCGUUCUUCUUCGACCCUCCCAAGAAGGUCUGGUACGCUUCGCUGGGAGUAUGCUUAGGAAGAGAGAUUUAUCGGCACCAUCUGAUCUUACCGAAGCUCAUAAACGUGCCAUUUGCCAGAACCCUGAAAUUCUGCAACUGAGACGCGAGAAAAGAGAGCUUAUGGCGGAGAUGCGGUCCGUGGCUGGCACAAUCAAGAACGCCCGUGACACCUUUCCACACCUCUUCCAAAGGCAUGAGACCGUCAAAAAAGACAUGGCCAAACUUCGGAAAACGUUGGCGAUCGAAACUCGCGAGACAGCCAGAAAGGACUAUUUCAAUAAUGCCCCCGUGCUUGAAGUUGACCGACAGAUCAAGCAAAUGCUUCUCGGCGAAUCUGAUGUUCAGGAACGCGAUGCUGAUAGUUCCGCUGAAGAAGACUGGGAGCUCCCUAUCCCGGGCUACGUAUUUCCUGAACGAGCUCGGCUUGUGGAGAACUUUUACGGCCCUGACGCAGAAGACUUUCAUGAGGACAAAUUACUUACUCGACACAUCCAGGUUACCAAGGACAUGGUUGCGCUUCUACUGCUUUGCGAGCCGAGCAGGCGAGGCAACCGUGUCAAUUGGGAUUUCGAUGAAGAGGUAAACAUCCCUAUUGAACAGCCCGAGCAACUGGCGUCUGAUGAUAAUACACAAAUAUGUCCAACGGAUGUUUGCAUCAUCUGUUUUGGUGAGUCUCGUCGCUCGGCGUCGAACCCGCCUCCACAUAAAUUUCCUUCGAAGCGACCGGACUCACUUCGUCGUCAUCUCAUCGACUCGCAUCUGGUUCAUGCAUACGACGGGAUUAGCUGUAACUGGGAAGUCUGUCUCGAUCUUCCCAAGUUUGCCAAAAUCACCGAAUUCUUAGCCCAUGCUAAUAAUGAACACAAAUAUGAUGUCAGUAUCAAACUAUGUCAUCUCACCGAAAGGCCACGGGUUAGCCACGAUGACGGUUCUUCCAGGGAAACAUCUAUGGAAUCUGAGAAUCGGGCAAGGCACUGA